AUGUUAAGCAGAUGCACUCCUGAAUCACGGCACAAAAUGGUGAAUAGUCAGAGCCCACAAGAGCUCAUAGGCUCAUACUUCCUCGAUUUCUGGCGACUCAACUCCAAGACAACCUCCACAACCCCAAACCCAGAAAUGAUGGACGAAGAAGAUGACGAACUGGGUCCCACUGAGCUCGACACCUUCACCAGCUCCGGUGGGUACUCGGUAGUGGGCACUGACAAGCUCUCGGUUCACUACCCGAGCGUCAAUCUUCACGGCCAUGAUGUUGGUGUGGUUCAGGCCAAUCGGCCGGCCCCGGUGAAGAGGCUGGUGUAUUAUUUCGAGAUUUUUGUUAAGAAUGCUGGGGCUAAAGGCCAAAUUGCGAUUGGGUUCACCGCUGAGGGUUUCAAGAGGCACCGACAUCCUGGGUCAGUAAUAUGA